AUGGCCAAAAGAUUCUCUGUUCAGAGGGCCUUGCAAUUGGUUAUUGAAGAGAGUGAAGCUUUUGAUGAUGAUGUAGGCCUGGAGGAAGAGGUUUCAGAAUCUGCAAUUAACUGUCAAUCUUAUUCUAAAUUAAUCUGCUGUUUAUUUAUUUUUUUGGUUAAUUGUUUAGUCCAAAAACUUAUUGGACUUUUUUAUCAAAAUUUCUGCUCCUCACUUUCCCUCUCUGUCUCCUCAACAGGAACAUUUGUAGUGAAUGUGACACAGAGCUCCUAUCAGGCAGAGGAGAACCACAACAUCACACUGGAGUGGAGCUUCACAACCAAACCUCACGCUCCACCUGACUUCCUUAUUAUCUUCUGUGAACUGAUCACUGAUCUCAGAGAAUCAGUCCUGUAUCAUCUACAUGAGGGUGUUGAGGUCCCAGAGUCUCAGGAUGAACAGUUUUCAGGACGAGUCCAGUGCGACAAAGACGUCCUCAGAGAAGGACGAAUCAGACUUCAUGUGUCCAGACUGAGGACUGAGGACUCAGGACUGUACGAGUGUACGGUCCUCACCUCUGAUGGGAGGAACUCUGGUAAAUGUCGACUCAACGUCUCUGCAGCUGUUGAUCAGCCUGAACCUCAGAGACCAACUGAGAGACCAGAACCAGAGAGUCGGGGAAGGAUCGGCCUCUACGCUGGACUGGGACUGACAGCAGCAGCAGCAGCAGCUCUACUGGUCAAACUCUGCUGUUCCUCAAGUCCUUGUUUCACUAAAUCUCCUGAUGAGACAGUAAACCUUUAUUCAGAGGUGUAACAGUGACGUUCCUCAGAGAGCAGACGUCUCUCUGUCUCUGCUUCCUGUCACCCUGUUGGUCCAUGAGGCUG